GAGACAGGAAGGUGUGCUGAGCACUGAAUGCUAACAAGGGGGAGAGUACAUGUCCACGGCGAGCGGAAAGGUGGGGGGUUCAACAGCGAGAUAUGGAGAAAAACAAUUAAUCUGCAAUGUGCCAACACCAAAUUCACGCCGAUCAUAACCAUUCUCGCCACCGAUAUAAUAAUCACCACCAUCAACAGCGCGAGCGUCCUCAUCUUUUUUCUCUUAAGUGAAAUGUAUCGGGACUGUAUGGGAUCCUUCUUCUGACAAUGGAGAUUGAGAAUAUCGUGGCCAACACCGUGCUGCUGAAGGCAAGGGAAGGAGGAGGAGGGAAACGGAAUGGGCGGAGCAAGAAAUGGAAGGAGAUGCUCAAACUGCCUCAUAUCAGUCAGUGUGAAGAAUUGAGAUGCACUAUUGAAAGGGAUUACACUAGCCUUUGUGAGAAGCAGCCAAUUGGUCGGCAGUUGUUUCGGCAGUACUGUGACACACAGCCCAAACUGCGCCGUUGCAUAGAGUUCCUGGAUUCAGUGGCAAUGUAUCAGGUGGCUCCAGAUGAGAAAAGGAGAGACGUCGGUUUAAAUAUUUUAGACACAUAUUUUAAUAAUGGGUCGGCAGCUCAUCUACCAGAGAUGGCUCAGGACGUGGUGGGGGAAUGCAGACAGAAACUGGAACAGACUCCCUGUAAAGAGCUGUUUCAGGAGUGUACCAGGAUAGUUCGUGAAUAUUUAGGUGGGGCUCCGUUCUCAGCAUAUCAGGAGACAAUGUACUUUUCCCGCUUUCUCCAGUGGAAGUGGUUGGAGAGGCAACCAGUAACCAAAAACACAUUCAGACUCUACAGGGUAUUGGGAAAGGGCGGAUUUGGUGAGGUUUGUGCCUGCCAGGUUCGUGCCACUGGUAAGAUGUACGCCUGUAAAAAGCUGGAGAAGAAACGGGUGAAGAAAAGAAAAGGUGAAGCAAUGGCAUUAAAUGAAAAACGCAUUUUAGAAAAAGUUAACAGUAGUUUUGUAGUUAGUUUGGCAUAUGCAUAUGAGACUAAGGAUGCGCUAUGUUUGGUGCUGACUAUAAUGAAUGGUGGUGACCUGAAGUUUCAUAUCUAUAACAUGGGAAACUCUGGCUUUGAUGAGCAGCGUGCAGUCUUUUAUGCAGCAGAGAUCUGCUGUGGCUUAGAGGACCUACAUCGAGAAAGGAUCAUCUAUAGGGACCUGAAACCUGAGAAUAUUCUCCUAGAUGACUGUGGGCACAUCCGUAUAUCAGAUCUGGGAUUGGCCGUCCAGAUUCCAGAAGGAGAGACGAUACGAGGGCGUGUUGGCACAGUGGGAUAUAUGGCUCCAGAGGUCAUUCAGAACGAGAGCUACACCUUCAGUCCUGACUGGUGGGGUUUGGGCUGUCUCAUUUACGAGAUGAUUCAGGGUCAGUCUCCGUUCCGCCGUCGUAAAGAGCGGGUGAAGAGAGAGGAGGUGGACCACCGUGUGUGCGAGGACCAGGAGGAAUACUCAGACAAAUUCUCUGAAGAUGCUAAAGACAUCUGCCGACAGUUGUUAUGUAAAGAUCCAAAGGAGCGCUUGGGAUGCAAAGGUUGCGGAGCUGCAGAAGUCAAACUGCAUCCCAUAUUCCGCAACAUCAACUUCAAGCGAUUGGAGGCCAACAUGCUGGACCCGCCCUUCUGUCCUGAUCCACGUGCAGUGUACUGCAAGGAUGUUCUGGACAUUGAGCAGUUUUCCACAGUCAAAGGUGUAAACCUCGAUCCUACAGAUGAUGACUUCUACCACAAGUUUGUAACAGGGAGUGUCUCCAUCCCCUGGCAGAAUGAGAUGAUUGAGAUGGAGUGCUUUAAGGAGAUUAAUGUAUUCGAGAUGGACGGUGCACUGUGUUCUGAUCUGGAUGUGAACCGGCCAAACCCCGCACCCAAGCGAGGAUUCUUCUACCGCUUAUUCCACAGAGAGGUUUGUUUUAGAAGUGCCAUCAGUGAGGAGGAGGAGAAGCCAUCUUGACUUUUUAAACCACUCCCACUUCCUAUCAGCUGCCAAUCAGAAUGCUAAACGUUUGAAUGUUCAACUGUAUUUAUGAACUGUAUUAAACUGUAUCAUAACUAAAGUAAAGGGUAUGAGUUUAAAGAAUUUUGUACAUUUGUACUUGAACUGUGUAAAUGUAUAUUUUCACUAAAGGUUGUAUUGUACAAAAAGCCAUUGAAAUACCACUUGAAUGCAUAUAUAUAAUGUUUUUAUUGUUAUUAUUUUUCAUCUGUAAUGAAUAUGAAAUGUGUAUUUUUUUUAAGCACAAUAUCUACAUUCAGGUUUUAACGUCCUGUCUGCAAUGGCUUUGUUUGUUCAAUUGUUUGGCUGGUCAGAUUUGGUGCACUUGUGUGCAGUGGGGUUAGAAAAAGCUAACUGUCAUAAUGUCAUUACAACCAGUAUGUGUUUUUAAAAAGCCAAUGCCGAUGUUUAGAGAGCAGGGUGGCUGAUGGCUUAUGGCUGAUGUAAUGCCAAUAUACAGUAUACAAUUUAAUGAAGAUAGUAAAUACCUUCAAGACCUACACAAUUUUUACUCAAAAUCCAUACAAAAAAUUUGAAAACGGAAAGCAGUAGAUUUUGGAUCUGACACAAGAGGGAGCAGAUCAGGCAAAUGCCAAAUGGCCAAAUAUCAGUUGAAUAAUUAGCCUGACUGAUAUAUUGGUCUAUCAAUUGUCAUUAUCACCAUUCCCAAGAUCGAUGGUGAUUACCAAUGUAUUUUAAAACAGUUAAACUGUCAGUGCAUGAAGUAACCCCAAAAUCCUGGACCUCUUUGUUUCAGGUGGCUAACCCCUGUCUUAUUUAUGUGCACUAGCUGCUUGUUUAAAAAGGCAUAAACACCUUUACACUCCUUUGUAGUUAUUUCCAGACUGCUCUGUGUGAAUGUUAAAUGCUGUCACGUAAACAUUACUUUCUAAUGCAGAAGAAACAGUGACACGGACAGGAACUUGUACUUUAUACAUACGUAUGUUAUGUUACAAGUAGUAGUCGACCGAAGUCUUUUUUUGUUUUUUUUGUUUUUUGUUUUUUGCUUGAGAAAAGAAAUAAAUAGUACUUUAAAAAAGAAUGCUUAAAAUAAUGCAAACUUACAUGAAAUUAAGACUACGUAAGGUGAGUCGCCCCAAUUUGGCAGCCACCAUUUUUAGAUCACAUUACCAACCGAAUGCUACUCACCUUAUUUUAGUAACUUUCCUGUAAUCGGACAAUAGAUGUUUAUUCAGAACUAUUUUGUAAAGGAAUUGCAAAUUGUAUUGUAAUUGUAUUUGAAAUAUCUAAUUUUCUGUUUGUGGUUGCAUACAUGGAAAAAAUGUAAAUGCAACCACAAAAUGGUAUGUGCUAAAUCUAACAUAUAAUUACUUGUACACCUUUAACAGGGCUGUUGGUAGAUUUUUGAAUGGACAUACAGAGUAACUAAUGAUUCUUUUAAUUAGUCGAGUAAGCAUGGUUAUUUGCCAAAGCAGAUAAUCUUAAAAUGAACAAAUAUUGGCCAAAUAUUAGGUCUUGUCAAUACAGAUCACUCAAUCAAGGUUUCAGUUUUGAUGGGAGGAAUUAGGACUGCUAUUUAGGGCAUUACGAGUGUAAGUUGUUGUUUGCUAAUUUCCACUGCGUUCAGCUCAGUUAUCCUGACAUUUACCCAAAACUUCAUUGUGACCUUUAGUGCCAUCGGGAAGCUUUACAGUGGUUUUAACCAGGCCAGUAUAAACUACCUAAAUAUAAAUAAUAUUUAAUCUUUACAUUUGCUCACAGGACAGCUCUUAAAUGAGCUGUUGAUGUUGCCUUAGGUGUCAUAUCUUCAAUGAAUAUUCCAAAUUGAGUGUGAGUGUGAGAGUGUGUGUAUGCCUACCUGUAUGGCAGUGAGUUAAAGGGCAUGAUUUUUUCCAUAUUUAAGCCUCAGGCCAUGAGACACAUAUGGUGUCUGAUUGAUCUGUUAAUGCACACUGUGCAAUUUGUUUGUCAUCGACGUGCAUAUAAACUUCACAUUAUCUUUAUGUUCCAUGUUAUUGCUUUUUUGUUGCCUUUUGUUUGUAAUGAGUUAUUUUUUUGUUUGUAUUUAAAUGCCAUUAUUUGAAUCACAAAAUUAAUGCUUCCAUCCUAAGUUGGAAAACUAGUCUCACAUUUACCUCUACCAUCAUUCCAAAACUAGUAAACAGACAAAAACAGAAUAUAUUCUUAAUCCUCUUGACUUUUCCUCAAAUGCCUUUAUAAACAACAUUUUGUUUUCAUGCAAUUCUGUAAAGCUGAAGUGUGUCAUUUUCAGUGUUGAAAUACUUUCUCAUAUCCCAGCUUAAUAUACAGAGAUAAUUACAAGUAAGCCAUUCGUAGGUUAGCCAUUAGAUUUUCCCUGAAAAGUGUAAAUUCUGUGGCUCUGUGGUGCCAUCAUUAGAGUGUUUGUUUAAAAUGAAAAUUAUCUCAUCAUUUACCUACCCUCAUGCCAUCCCAGAUGUGUAUGACUUUCUUUCUUCUUCUGAACACAAACCAAUUUUUUUAGAAGAAGAAGAUUUCAGCUGUGUUGGUCCAUACAAUGCAAGUGAAUGGUGGCCAGAACUUUUAAGCUCCAAAAAGCACAUAAAGGCAGCAUAAAAGUAAUCUAUUUGACUCCAGUUGUUAAAUCCAGUCUUCUGAUGUGAUAUGAUAGACCUGGGUGAAAAGCAGAUCAAUAUCUAAGUCCUUUUUACUAUAAAUUCUCCACCCUUCCCAGUAGGUGGUGAUAUGCAAAAGAAUGUGAAUCACUAAAAACAAAACAAGAAGAACACUUAGGAGAGAGUAGGGCAUUUAGAAGGUCUGGUGAAAGUUGACAAUUAUGGUAAAAAAAAGAUUUCUCACCCACACCUAUCAAAUCACUUCUGAAGACAUGGAUUUAACUACUAGAGUGGUAUUGAUUACUUUUAUUCUGCCUAAAUGUGUUUUUUGGAGCUUCCAAGUUCUGGCCACCAUUCACUUGCAUUGAAUGGACUGACAGAGCUAAGAUAUUUUUCUAAAAAUCUUCGUUUGUUUUUAGCAGAAGAAAGAAAGUCAAACAUUUCUGAGAUGAUAUGAGGGUGAGUAACUCAUGAGAGCAUUUUCAUUUUGGGGUGAACUGUUCCUUUAAGAAUCCCGACCAGCCUGUCACAGUAAAAUUGGCUCAUCUAAUGGUGUGAGUUUUAGGCGUGAAUAUCUGACUGUUUGACCAAUAGCAGUUGGGAGAUUUUUGAAAAACCUUUUUGAAAACCUGUCAUUAUUUAUGCAGUUCUGUUCAAUAAUGACAUUAGUGGCGCAGAAAUUACACACUUCAGCUUUAACAUCUUUGACAGUAAAUUUUAAAUAGGAAUCACUGUUUGCUGUUCACUGACAUUACCUCUAACUAGUUUUCACCCAUGCUAUUUCUCUCUUUAUAAGGAUAAAAGGAGCUUUAUGGUCCCUUUUACAAAGCUGUGAACUCUUCUUCUUUUAUUCCCAUAUGUGUGCAUGUUCUACUGUAUGUUCUACCAUGGUUUGACAAGAUGACAAGCAUCCACUUUAGUCGACAAUAAAAAUAUGUGGUGACUAAAGGCCCUUAAGAACUUAUGAUUUCUGUAAAAUUCACAAGAAGCUUAUAUAUUUAAAAAUGAUGCUGCAUUUUUCACUAAUGCCCUAAUCUGUUUUUUUCUUCUGUGUAGUCACAUCUUUGAUUCAGAUACUCUGUAAAAUAUUAAAUGAAUUAAACCUA